GUGAUCAAUCCCCUCUCCGGUAUAAAUAGCAGCCUUGGGGACGCACAAGCCACACUCGAGGAGCAGCAGCAGCAGCAGCAGGAAGCAGUGAAACUGGUUGAGAGACGCAGCCGAAGAUGAGAUCCGCUGUGAUCCUCGCCCUGUUGUUCCUCACAGGGACUCAGGCCCGCUACUUCUGGCAGCAUGACGACCCGCAGACACCCUUGGAUCGCCUCAAGGACAUGGUCCAGGUCUACCUGGAGACCGUCAAGGCCAGUGGCAAGGAAGCCAUUACCCAGUUUGAGACCUCGGCAGUUGGCAAACAGCUUGACCUGAAGCUGUCUGACAACCUGGACUCCCUGACGGGGGCGGCGCAGAAACUGCAGGAGGACUACAAGGAGACCUGGGAGCUGUGGGUGAAGGACACCGAGGCCCUGAAGAAGGAGCUGACCAAGGAAAUGGAGGAGGUGAAACAGAAGAUCCAGCCCUUCCUGGAGCAGUUCUACAAGAAGUGGACAGAGGAGCUGGAGAUCUAUCGCCAGAAGCUGGCCCCCAUCGGCGAGGAGCUGAAGGAGAUGACCAAGCAGAAGGUGGAGGUCCUGCAGCAGAAGCUGACCCCCGUGGCUGAGGAGGCCCGGGACCGGCUGCGCGGGCACGUGGAUGAGCUGCGCAAGAACCUGACCCCCUACAGCGACGAGCUGCGCCAGAAGCUGACCCAGAAGCUGCAGGAGAUUCGGGAGAAGGGCAUCCCCCAGGCUGCCGAGUACCAGGCCAAGGUGAUCCAGCACCUCACCGCCUUCCGAGAGAAGGUCACGCCCCUCAUGCAGGAUUUCAAGGAGCGCCUGACCCCCUAUGCUGAGGGCCUCAAGACCCGCUUCCUGACCCUGCUGGACAACCUCCGAAAGAACAUGGCCCAAGCCAACUAGUGGCACCGGGCCAGGGACUGACACCCCCUCCCCUAGCCACAAUGAGCCCCCAAUUGAUCAGCCACUGCCCUGCGUUCCACUGCUGCUAAUGCGCGUCUGGGUGAAGGCACCAGGUGUGCUCACCUCCCUCCUCCUCCCGGCGCCCUCAGCGCUGGGCCAAGUGUCUCGGCCCUUUGUGGCUGUCACUUACUGAUCGAUCGCUGUAGAACGAGGGUCCCUCUGCUGGGGGGCGGGGGCUGGGGUGGAAACCAGCACACGGCGAAGGCCAGUCUGCUGGGAACAUCCUGCCCAGAGCUCUCCUGCCUGUUCCAGGCUCGGGGCUCCCACCUGCCCCCAUCUCCCCCUCCCC